AUGUCCGAUGACAGAGGAAGCAUGGGCGAUGGCUGCAUGCCGCCAAGAGGAAAAGGAUAUUGCGGAUACUAUGAUACAGAAACUGGCAAAAUUGUCAACGAUGUAAAGAAAGACUACACAACGGAUGAUGACCCCUGCCACCUAGAUACAAUUCCUCCGAGUCUUUCAAAUGAAAGAGUUUUCUUUUAUGGAUAUCAUUCAUUAUUAUGUCAAUCAAAUGCCUAUUUCAGCUCAACAGAUUCACAGAAUGAAUGGAUGAUAGUAUCAAUUAUAAUUGCUAUAGGUUCCUGUAUAGUGAUCGCUGUUAUAUUCUGGUGGUCAAGAAGAACAUCUGACCCAAAUUCACAAGAACAAGCUCGGAUUAAUGGCAAAGAGGCUGUACCUUUGACUAAUGAACAAUCAGAUGCUAGUGCAGCGGUUUCAAGCAAAGAGGACACAGUUGACGAAAAACGGACUAGUGAUGACAUAACAUCAAUUGCGGUCUAUGGCAAGGAAUUUGUGUACAGAACAACACCAGCGAAACAUGUAUAUAGCAGUGGAAGUUCAAGUCAUAUACAUUCGGCUAAGCUUGUCUCUCUAUCAUUUUUUUUUUAUUUUAGACUGAUGUUUUAUUGA